AUGAAGAUAGCCACACUGCCAGUGCUUCUGACCUUGGCUCUUUGCCUCAUACAAGAUGCUGCCAGUGAGGAUGAAGAUCAGGAAACAUGCAGCAGAUUUCGGGCACUGAUGAAAAAUGGAAAAUUGUUCUGUCCUCAAGAGAGAAGAUUUUUUCAAAGCCCUUAUGGAAUAAAGCUCAUCAACAAAUGUGCCACAUGCAAAAUGAUAAUGGAAAAAGAAGCCAACUCUCAGAAAAGGGUUGACCAUUUAGUGAGAGCUACUGAGAACACUACCCCAACACAGCUGAACUGUGAAGGUUUCAGGAAAGAAGAAAGAGAUGGAGAUUUUAUCUGUACCCCUGAUAACACAGCUGUUUGCGGCACAGAUGGGAAAACAUACAGCAGCAGAUGUGCCCUAUGUGCCGAGAACGCGAAAUCCAGGUCCCAGAUUGGUGUGAAAAGUGAAGGAGCUUGUGAGAGCAAUCAUCUGGACCAGGAUGUAUGCAGUGCUUUCCGGCCCUAUGUAAAGGAUGGGAGACUUGGAUGUACAAGGGAAAACGACCCUGUUCUUGGUCCUGAUGGGAAGACGCAUGGCAACAAGUGUGCAAUGUGUGCGGAGUUGUUUUUAAAAGAAGUUGAAGAAAAUGCCAAGCAAGGAGAUCAAACCAGAAUUCGACGAAACACUGAAAAGGAUUUUUGCAAGGAAUAUGAAAAUCAAGCGAGGAAUGGAAGACUUUACUGCACACGAGAGAAUGACCCAGUUCGAGGCCCUGAUGGCCGGAUGCAUGGCAACAAAUGUGCCCUGUGUGCGGAGAUUUUCAAGCAGCGUUUUUCAGAAGAAAACAAUAAAGCAGAUCAAAAUCUAAGAAAGGCUGAAGAAAAAGUUAAAGUUAAAAGAGAAAUUGAGAAGCUCUGUGGUGAAUAUCAAGAUCGUGCAAAGAAUGGAAUACUGUUCUGUACCAGAGAAAAUGACCCUGUCCGUGAUCCAGAUGGAAAGAUGCAUGGCAACUUAUGUUCCAUGUGUCAAGCUUACUUUCAAGCAAAAACUGAAGAAAAGAAAAAGGCGGAAGCACAAGCUAGAAAUAAAAGGGAAUCUGGAAAAGAACCCUCCUAUGCAGAGCUUUGCAGAGAAUACCAAAAGUUUGUGAGGAAUGGAAAACUCCCCUGCACCAGAGAGAAUGACCCCAUCUGGGGCCCUGACGGGAGGAUGCAUGGCAACACCUGCUCCAUGUGUGAGGUCUUCUUCCAAGCAGAAGAAGAAAAGAAAAAGAAGGAAGGUGAAUCAAGAAAUAAAAGACAAUCUGAGAAUGCAACUGUCUUUGAGGAGCUGUGUAGUGAAUACCGCACAGCCAGGAAGAAUGGACCACUUCUGUGCACCAGAGAGAAUGACCCCAUCAGGGGCCCUGACGGGAGGAUGCAUGGCAACACCUGCUCCAUGUGUGAGGCCUUCUUUCAACAAGAAGAAAAGGCAAGAGCAAAGGCUAAAAGAGAAGCUGCAAAGGAAAUCUGCAGUGAAUUUCAGGAUCAAGUGAGGAAUGGAAUGCUCAUCUGCACCAGGGAGAAUGAUCCUGUCCGUGGCCCCGAUGGCAAAAUGCACGGAAACAAGUGUGCCAUGUGUGCCAGUGUGUUCAAACUAGAAGAAGAAGAGAAGAAAAGGAAAAAAGAAGAAAAAAAGACAGUUGAGGCUGAGAAAGUUAAGAGAGAAGCAGUACAGGAGCUGUGCAGUGAAUACCGUCAGUAUGUGAGGAAUGGACGACUCCCCUGCACCAGAGAGAAUGAUCCCAUCGAGGGUCUAGAUGGGAAAAUUCACGGCAACACCUGCUCCAUGUGUGAGGCCUUCUUCCUGCAAGAAGCAAAAGAAAAAGAAGGGGCAGAAUCCAGGCCAAAAGCUAAAAGAGACACUGUGAAGGAUACGUGCAGUGAAUUUAGGAGUCUUUUGCAAAAUGGAAAUCUUUUCUGCACGCGAGAAAAUGAUCCUGUGCGUGGCCCGGAUGGCAAGACCCAUGGCAACAAGUGUGCCAUGUGUAAGGCAGUCUUUCAGAAAGAAGAUGAAGAAAGAAAGAAGAAAGACGAGGAAGAUCAGAGAAAUGCUUCAGGAAGCGGUUCCAGUGGCGGUGGAGGAGGGAACAUUCAGGACCAAUGUGCUGAGUAUCGGGAAAAAAUGAAAAAUGGAAAACUCACCUGUACCCGUGAGAGUGAUCCUGUGCAUGAUGUCAAUGGCAAGGCCUACAAUAAUAAGUGCACCAUGUGUAAAGAGAUGCUGCAAAGUGAAGCAGAGAGGAAAAAUGGGCAUUCUGGCUUCAGAUCCAAUGGGACUGAAUCAGCACCAGAAAAGGAUAUCUGUGAUGAGUAUAGAAGCCAAAUGAAAAAUGGAAAACUUAUCUGCACUCGAGAGAGUGAUCCUGUUCGAGGUCCAGAUGGCAAGACACAUGGCAAUAAGUGUGCUAUGUGCAAAGAAAAACUGGAAAGGGAAGCAGCUGAAAAAAAAAAGAAAGAGGACGAAGACAGGAGAAACGCUAGACAAAAGAGCAAUGACAAGCAGGAUCAGUGUCAUGAAUUUCGGAGCCAGGAGAGAGAGGGGAAGCUUAUCUGCACCAGAGAAAACGACCCUGUUCGAGGCCCAUAUGGCAAGAUGCAUGUCAACAAGUGUGCCAUGUGUCAAAGCAUUUUUGAGCGGGAAGCUAAUGAAAGAAAAAAGAAUGAUGCAGAAAAAUCAAGUUCCAAGCCCUCAGACAAUGCAAAGGACCAGUGCAGAGAGGUUCGAAAUGAAGCCGAGGAUGCAAAGUUUAGACAACCUGGGCGCUUCUUGGGCUCUGUUGCCAGGAUAAGUGCAGAUGAGUGCAGUGAAUUUCUAAAGUAUCUGAAGAACAACGAACUCAUCUGCACUCGAGAGAAUGACCCAGUGCGUGGUGCUGAUGGAAGAUUCUAUAAAAACAAGUGCCACAAGUGCAGAGCCGUCUUCCAAAAAGAAGCUUCAGAAAGGGUAAGACUUCAAGAAAACCUAUCCCACAUCAGAGCUUCUGAAGAGGAAGACAACCCAGAGUCUGCCAACUCUCUGGAUUCUGAAAUAUGCAAAAACUAUCGAGUAUUGCCCAGGAUCGGUUAUCUUUGCCCAAAGGAUUUACAGCCUGUCUGUGGAGAUGAUGGCCAGACAUAUAAUAAUCCCUGCAUGCUGUGUCAUGAAAACCUGAUCCGUCAGACUAAUACACACAUCCAUAGUCUAGGCAGGUGUGAGGAGGGCCACGUCCCAGGAGCAACCCCUGACAGCAUGGCCGCAUCUGUGAGUACACCAGCUCCAUGGUCAGAGGACGAGUGAUGGGAGGACUGAUGAAAGCCAUAAGGGAAAACAUAAAUCCCAAUUCUGAAUCACCUAUCUUUGCCAUCUGUAUAUACAAGAACUCUUCAGAGCUUAUCCUAUCUAUGGUAGAAAACAAUACAGAGCUGUUGGGAAUGGACGCACUGACUUUUAGUCUUUUCCAUCUCUUUCCUCCUAGACUCUGUGAUCUGAGGGUACAGAGAUAUUUCUACCCAGUCUAUACUCUGAAAAUGUCCUAAUCACAAUGCUGUCUGUCCAACUGCCUGUUUAAUAAAAGUAAAUGCAGCAGAACACUCUU